CACUUGUUUGUUUUCAUCUUGUGGUUAUCACUUCAUCUCUUAUCAAUGAUUAUCAUUGAUUCAUUAUUUCAUAAUAAAUAAAGAAAAAAUGUCGCGCGACGGAAUAUUACUGCCGGCUGAAUCUGCAGAGUAUAUUGCAAAACACUCUACACAAGUUAAAAUACAUGAAGAGGGUCUGGAGAAACUUUCCGAAGAGAUGUUAUUGUCAAUGAAAGACAAAUUGGAGAUACCAGACACUGGAGCCAACAUUUCCUAUCUGAGUAGAGAUGACCCAAAAGCAGUUGACUGGAUAUUUGUGGCCGACACCCUUAAUUUUUGCUUUUGGUCGUUUACUGGAGCUGAGAAGUGGACUGUGGAGGGACAUCACGGUUAUUAUGCACUGGAGGCUGCACUCAGUAGAGCUGUUAAGGAAGGACACGACAUUACAAAUCCAGAAUACUACUCAAAGAUUACAGAAGACCAACUUCGAAACAUAAUGAGAAGUGAUAACAAUACAAGCAUACCGUUAUUCGAAAAGAGAUUAUCCACGCUUCAUGAAGUAGGAGCAGUGUUACUGCAGAAAUUUAACGGCACUUUCACCUCGUGUAUUAAAGAUGCUAACAAGUCCGCAGUGAAAUUGCUUCAGAUAGUAGUAGAUAACUUUCCAUGCUUCCGAGAUGAAGUGGAGUAUAAGGGUAGUAAGGUAUCUUUGUACAAACGAGCACAGAUUUUAAUUGCCGAUAUAUGGAACUUCUUUGGUGGCACCUCUUGGGGGGAAUUCGAGGAUAUUGAUGCCAUAACAAUGUUCGCGGACUAUAGAAUCCCUCAAGUCUUGGUGUAUUUCGGAGUUUUGAGCUACACUGACGAAAUAAUGGAGAAAUUGAAGAAAGAUAUAUUGCUUGAAAGUGGUUCAGAGGAAGAGAUCGAAAUUAGAGGUUGUUCAAUUCAAGCCGUGGAACUUUUAAAGAAAGUAAUUGAACAGAAGAUAAAGAAAAGUAACAAGAACAUACAAGUGCCAAAUUCAAGUGUUAUCGACUACUAUUUGUGGUGCUACAGGAGAAAGUACGCGGAUGAAUUAGAAGUAAUACCUUUUCACAAGACGUUGGGUAUUUUUUAUUAAUUUUAUACUUAAUUGACAAUAACAAGAUUUAUAACUUAAUAUAAGAAGAAAGAAAAUAUAAAAAAAAUAUUCGAUAUAUACUUAAUCAAUAUAAGAUGUCUUGUAAAUUAAUAUAAGGAGAAAGAAAGGAAAGAAAAAUAUAUUUAUGCAUGUAAGUAACAAUAAUAAAAAGUACAAAAAAAAAAAGGUUAUAAAAAUAAUUGUAGCACUGAUAUGUGUGUGGUAACGGAAAGGUCUUUGCUCAGCAUAUGCGAGUUGCCACUACGCUGGCAGUCUCCU